AGCGCGGCCGGGCAGGCGGCGGUGCGGAGAGGCCGCGGCUGGAGGCAGUGAUUCCCCAAGGUUUCAGAAUAAAGCAAAGAGGAGCUGCCAGUCAAGAGAUCUGUCAUGACUGCUAAUCCAUCUAAGAGACUUGCCUGGAGUGACUCAGUUGCCUUUCAUUCAAAGCACAGGCAAGACCCUGAAGAUCUCCACAAGGUCCACAAGAAGAAAUCAAAAGAGAAGAAAAAGAGACUGGCAGUUGGUCGGUGGAGAACAGAUGUCCAGUCCCUUGUUUCUUCUUCUGAAUGGCUUCAGCGUUAUGGUCUCAAAAGAAACAAAUUGUCCCUGUCCCAGAUUUUAUCCCAGAUUGGAUUCCAGCACAGGAAAGAUUAUGUGACCACCUUGGGGAAACCUGUGGCUUCUCGAUAUGCAGAUGGUCUGUUUCCUCAGUACAAGAGAGAACAAGAUGGCAGCGUGUAUAAUCUGACAGCGAAAAAAGAACUGAUUCUUCAUUUUGUGGAUUGUCUAAUUGGAGCUAUUGAGCUGUAUGAGCAGCGAAUGGAAUGGUUAACCAGUGAGAGCCGGCAGAUAUUUGGAGUGAUUCAAGAACAGUGCAUUGUCAUUGUGUUGGAUUUUGGCACUGCAGCUCCAACUGAAUUUGAUCUGUGUCGGGAUGCACUUUCUAUGGUGCUUGUGGAACAGGUGAUACAAAUUUCCAGAUUCAACCUCAUUCGGGUUGCUCGGGAUCUCACAAAGUGGCAGCAGAAGUGCACUCCUGUGUCUGAGCGUGCUGUAAAGUCUGCAGUUCGAUGGCUCUGGAGGCUGGAGCGUAUGACAGCUGUCAGCCACAGCAGCUCUGCUGAAGCUCUGCUGGAGGCCAUGGCUGAUGAAGCGGUUGAAGCUGUUUAUUACUUUGCUGUGGGGGAUGUUCCAGUGGACACAAAGCAGCUGCUCCUUGAGAAAAUUUCAGAUGUCUCCUGUCCAGUCAACAUGGUGUCUUUCAAUGCUAGGGAAGAUGAAACUAUUAUUUUUCUGAAGGAGUUGAGCCACUUGGCCUCUGGCAGAUUCCAUGCUUUUGCUGAGAAGAAUAACUGCAGAGAUGCUACUGGACCUGCACUAAAAUAUGAAGAGGAUGGAAAAGGAUUAAUUUUGAACUCUGGAAAAGUGAAAGGGAGAAGGCCACUAGUGGCUGGUGUCUGUGAAGAUGUGUUUUUGAUCUGGAAAGAGCUGGAGGAAGCCAAGAGUACAGUGACACAAGUUCAGGAAAUCUUAUCAGAAUCUGACCAAUCUGCUUCUCAAGAUGCAGACAAAGGUGAUCAUCCAUUAUCAAAACAUAUAACUGAUGAAUAUUUGACUUCUGAGAAGUGGUUGCAGACGUAUGGCUUGAAAGCUCAGAAGCUCACACUGUAUGAUGCACUUGCUGAUAGUGUUUUUCACCAUGUAGAGGGGCCUGUUGACAUAAACACGAAACCAGAGGAUGAAUGGUCACAAACUGAUGCUGAGACAAAGAGGAAGAUAAUUCAUGCAAGAUACUGUGACAAGUUUGUACAUACCCUCUGGAAAGAUGGAUCUGUAGUUCAUGUAUAUGUUACUACAGAGCAGUAUAAGCAGUACAAAGAGAAAAUGAGGACAGCUCUCAGACAAGUGGAAGGAAGGAUUAAGUGGCUUCAACAAGGAAGCAGAGGGCUUUUUGGGAAUGUGUUUGAAGAUGAUAUCUGUAUUCUUAUUGAUACAUCCCAGUCUAUGAAAAACAAGCUGCCACUAGUGAAGGAAAAAAUAUUUCAGCUAAUGCAGGAGCAACUGAGACACAAGAAGAGAUUUAACUUCGUGAAAUUUAGUGCCCAAGCAGUGGCAUGGCAAGAGAAACUUGUUGAGGUUAAUGAGGAAAAUUUGCAAGAUGCUUGGCUUUGGAUAAAAGGGCUUGAGGUUGGAAGUUCCACAAAUACACUCAAAGCUCUCCAGAUUGCUCUUGCUGAUACUGACACUCAGGCUAUUUAUCUCUUGACUGAUGGGAGACCUGACCAGCCCCCCCAGAUAAUUUUGGCUGAAGUCCAACUUCACUGUAAAAUUCCCAUCCAUACUGUAUCCUUCAACUGUGAUGAUGUAGAAGCCAAUAAAUUUUUGUAUGAUCUAUCUACUACAACACAGGGACGGUUUCAUUAUUACAACAUUUAUUUGAAUGAUCCUGAUACUCCAGAGUUUAUUUUUAAUAAAGACAUAUAUCUUUUGAAAAGAGAAAUUGAUCAAGGAGAGAAAGAUCUAGAGAAAGUGAAGACCUUUCAUGAGAAAAGUCUGAUGAUGAAUUCUUAUAGUGAAGAAAAUUUUCCAGAUGAUAAGAGUAGGCCAUGCUGUGCUUCAGAAGAACCAUCAGUGCCAUCACAUGAGCAAACCAGGCAAAGCACUGCUGCCAGUCCAGCCCAAAGAAAGAAAGCAUUAUAUGCAGAUCAAACAAAGUCAAGUCUGCUGCAAUUCCUGAACCGUAGUGUGAAAUUUAGGGAAGAAAGCCCAGAGGAAGGAGUGUCUCCAGAGGAAAAGAGUUUUUCUGUCAAAAAGGGUGUGAAAUGUCCAACCAAUUUCAAAGGCAAGUUGUCAGAACAAGAAGCUCUGACUGGGGAACAUGAUCUGAAAAUGCAGGCUGUGAAAGGGGCAUCUGAAAGCUCUCUAGAUGUCUCUUCAGCUCUUUGGUUAAAGACCCAUGGGUUGGCUGCUAGGAGACUCACCAUCAUGGAUGCCUUAGCUCCUACAACUGUCCUUCACAGUACAAAAUACAUCCCAGUUCUGGACAAGCAUGUGGUUUCUAAAGUAUUUGAUAAGAUGUUACCAUUGGCCUGUGUUAGCAGUGACAAGAAGGAGAUUGCACUAAUUAAUCCUUGGGCAGUGAAUCUUGAUGCCUAUAAAAAGAAGCUGGAACAAGCAAUUAUAUCCUAUGAGAGGCGCCUGAACCUAGUUAUUUGGAGAGCACUCUCUCAGGAGGAAAGAGACAAAUUUGAAGCAGACGGGCCAGUCCCAUAUAUACAGCAUAAAGAAACUUUGCUGGAGGCUUUAGAAAAUUUGGGAUGGCCAGUUUCCUAUGAAGAUGUAAAAUUGUUAGAAGAUGAGAUAUUGACAGCAUUAACAUAUAUACAACAAGCCUCUGAUCUUCAGGAAGCUGUCAAAAAGGAAAUUGAGAAAAGCUCAGUAUCAUACAUAAGCAACAAUAAAAAGAGAUUUGAAGAAGAAAAUGGGAAGCUGAAGUCUAAGACAAGACAAAAACAACAAAUAUUUCUAACUCACAAAAGCCAAAAGGUAAUUGCAAGAUCAGACAUCACAGGAUUUUAUUAUCCAGGAACUGUGAUAAAGAAUAUCAGUUCUACCUGUGCCCUUGUUGACUUCAGCAAUGGGGAGAGCUGUGAUGUCCUUGUCAAAUUCACUAUACCUGUUGGAGGUGCUAUGCCAUGCCCACAUCUGCAGGUUGGAGACUACGUGUUUGCCAGAACCGGGACACGGGCAGAAAAUGAAUGUUAUGUACCUGCCAUUGUCAUAGCAACACCACAGAGGGUGGAGACAGGUGACAAAUUCUACACAGUGCUGCUGUUCAACAAUAGAGAGGAACACUGUAUAAGAAGUGAGCUCAUUAAAAUCAGCCAAACCAAGUAUGCUUAUUCCUGUCAGUACAUAAGAACAGUUCAGACAGUGGAUUAUGAGAUCCUGGAUGCUAAGACUAAAAAGCCCUGCCCUCACUCAGCUGUGGAAGAUGAAGGAGGAGAACAAGCAAGAAAAAGCAUAGUGAAAGAAAAGAGGGGGAAAAAGAAAAAGAAGAGGACAACAGUAGACAAAAGGCAUCCCAGAGAGAUGAUGUCAGACUUGGAUAAUCUUUUGUCUCCAGAAGUGAAGUAAAACAGAGAGAAAGAAAUUCACUGUCUAGCAAUAAGGAAGAAUGUAGAGGUAAAGGUGUAGCUCUGAAAAAGUGUAAGGAAUUAAGCU